UUGCGGAAGAAGCCCUUGUGUUGUUCCCUUCUUUUUUCUCCUCUCUCCCGCCACUUCCCCAGCGGCCAGAUAUGGUGAGGGUGGAGGCGGCGGCUUUUCCCGGCGGGAUGAUGCCGGAAUCUUUAACGGCGUCAGGCCGGAGCGCGGAAAAGCUCAGCCUCGUGACGCUUCAGUCGGAGAUGAAGCGCGACCCGGAGGGCUACGAGGAGGAGCUCGGCCGCGUCUACAGCCGCUUCCACUCCUCCCUCGACCUCUUCCGGCAGACCGCUGGUCUCUCUCGCUUGUCCGGCGGUUGCGAGCCCGCCGUCGCUAAGGAGCUCGGCGACCUCUGUAUGUUUCUUGCGCACGUCAUGCCCUUCUACCCGGGCCGCCUGGACGGCUUCCCCGGUGAACUCGUCGAGCUUCUCCGGAUCAACGCGGCCUCUCUCCCAGGCGAUCUUCGGCUUCAGAUAGCCAAAGCACUAAUGCUUCUCGGCAACCGUGGGGUGAAUUAUUCGUUUCUCCUUCUCUUUUUUCCGAUGGUUGAUAUUGCAGAAACAGUGUCGAUCUUUAUGGACCUUCAAACACUUCAGCACGGCAUUUUGCGAAAGCUUUCCUUCUCCCAUGUUGUGCAUAGCAUCAGAAGGAUGAAUCAGAAGAAGAAUAAGAAGGAUGGCAAACUCAAUCCUCAAGAUAUCCUUAUUAAUAUGCUCAAGGAAGAUGAUGAGGCUAGAGCAAGGAGAUCCCUUCGUGUACUUUGUGAUCUCCAUCGUCGGAGGGUGUGGUUUGAUGACAAGACUGCAAAUGCAAUUUGUGAAGCUUGUUUCCAUCAUUCUUCCAGGGUUAUGAAAGAUGCUCUUUCCUUCCUUCUUGGUUAUGAACGGGUGGGGGACAAUGAGAGUGAGAACUCUGAUAGUGAAGAUGAAGGAACUGAGCAGAAACCUGUAGUUAUUCUCAAUAAGGAGGAUGUCUAUAAGGCCCAUCAUAAAGGUACAACUGCUAGCAAGAAGAAAAAAAAGGCAAAGUUGGAGCGUGUAAUGCGCAGUUUAAAGAGACAGCAGAGAGUUUCAUCUGAAAAUAUGGGACCAAACAGCUAUUCCCCUCUUUCUCGAUUAAGGGAUGCUCAGGGCUUCGCAGAGAAGCUGUUUUCUCACCUUCAAACAUGCAAUGAACUAUUUGAGGUUAGGAUGAUGAUGCUAAAAGUGAUUGCACGAACAAUUGGACUUCAUUGCCUAGUUCUAUUGAAUUUCUAUCCUUAUAUUCAAAAAUAUGCUCAGCCUCAUCAGAAAGAUGUCACAAGUCUUCUUGCUUCUGCAGUUCAGGCAUGCCAUCAUAUGGUGCCUCCUGAUGCAGUUGAGUCACUCUUCAGGCAGAUAGUAAAUCAAUUCAUCCAUGACCGUUCUCGACCCGAGGCUAUUGCUGUUGGGCUGAAUGUUGUGAGGGAAAUCUGUUUACGCAUUCCUCUGCUGAUGACUGAAGAAUUGCUCCAAGACCUUGUCCUCUACAGGAGUUCUCGUGAAAAAGCUGUUUCCUCAGCUGCUCGUUCAUUAAUGUCCUUAUUUAGACAGUUAUGCCCUGCAUUGCUUUCCAAGAAAGAUCGCGGGCGAUCUUCUGAUCCCAAAGCUAGGCCAAAGGCAUUUGGGGAAGUCAAAGUAUCUAGUGAUGUGCCUGGUGCUGAUCUAUUGUUAGAAUAUCAGCAGAGAUCAAAACCUAGUGAUGGCAGUGAUGUUGAUGAAGACGGCUUUAUUAGUGACAGUGGAAGAGGUGAAGAGUCUGGUGGUGAUGAUGAUAGUGACAGUAAUGCUGGUUGUGUUGAGCGUGAGGAAGAUGUAGCUAUUCAUGGGAGUGAAGAAGCAGAAGAAGAAGAUGACGAGGAGGAGGAUGAGGAUGAGGAGGUCAAUGGGAGUGAAGAAGAAGAUGUGGAUGAGGAUGAGGAGGUGGAUGAGGAUGAGGUGGAUGAGGAGGAUGAGGUGGAUGAGGAGGAUGUGGAUGAGAAGGAUGUGGAUGAGGAUGAUGGGAGUGAAAAUGAAGAUGAUAACAGUGAUGGUCAUGAUUAUUUCGAUUCUGCUAUGGGAGAUGAAGUAGGUGAAGAAAAUGGCAGUCAUAGUGAACCCAUUGGUGAUGGUGAAUGUAGACUGCAUAAGCGGAAGCGACCUGAGCCAGAUAUUCCAAUCAGUACUGAUUCAAGUCUUGGGGCUUUGAGGAGGUUGGUGUCCACGAAGAUGGAAGAUGUCACACCAGUGAAUUCUGAUGGCAUUCUAUCCAAUGAAGAAUUCCAGCUAAUAAAGAAGUUAAAAGCAAAGAAGGAAGCAAAGUUAGCAUUGGCAUCACAUGGCUUGUCGAGAGGCCAAUCGGACUCAAAUGUAGUACCAAAGAUUCCUGAUGCUGAAACCCUUCAUAAAACACGUGUUGAUCCUACUAAACUUGAGGCAAACAUUAAAAGGAAACUGACUAAAGAGGAGAGGUUGGCAAUCGUGAAAGCAGGGAGAGAGGAGAGAGGGAAAUACCUAGCACGAACUGCUGUGAAGCAGAAAAAGACUGGAGGAUUGAGCAACAGGCAGAAAGAGCAUAAGAAGGCAAUGCCUCUAGCAGCAAGGAGAGCCAAGGCUGCACGUUCCAGGCAGGAGAAAAAGAAUCGGCAGAAACAUUCCGGCAAGCAGUUUAGAGGGAGGAAAGCUUGGAAGUGACAUUUGGGCAUCAGCCUUUUGUUUGAGACCCCAGCAUUUUACCUUUUGGUUUGACAAACCCGUCCAUAUUUUCCUGUGAUUCGGGAAAAUGAAAUUGCUACAUCCAAAAUCCCAGCCUUCAUGUUUGUCACAAAACAGUUUCUGGUAGGUAUUUGAGGGUAAGCACCCCAGCAAUUUUGCCUAUAGUUUUGUCGUCACCAGCUAUAGAUAUUUGAGUUUUUUGGGGGGGUUAUUCUCGAUUGAUAUUGUUAUGUCCCUAAAUAGAUGAGCUUCUUCCCCCAGCCAAGCAGCUAUUCUUGGAAUUAGGAUAUAGCUGUCCCCACCUAAAUGCUGAGCACCUCUGAUGAGGCUUUUGUAUUUAAAAUAGCAAAUUAAGCUUCAGAUUUGAUGUAAUUCUUUCAGCUUAACUUCCAUAAAUUUUUGUUUACAUUACAGGUUUCAAGUUUCAAACAUACUCGUUUUUUCUC